GCUACCGCCACUUAUACCCUCAAUAACCCACCACAGGUAUGGAGCUGAGGAACAUAUUAGGCAGAAGUGUUUACCUUGGCCCCGGCAGCUCCAAGAUGGACGUUAUCAAUGAAGUCGUCAAAAAGCCCGGUCAAGAUAAAGCCUUCUAUGUGUUAGAUAUUAGCGAGGUGGUGGAGAGGGUGAAGCUGUGGCGACAACUGCUGCCUAGAGUUGAUAUAUUCUACGCAGUGAAGUGCAACAGUGAACCAGUGGUGUUAGGGUUGUUGACGGCUCUGGGGACCGGUUUCGACUGCGCCUCCCAGGUGAGUGAUCUGCUUGGGGGACCUCCACUCAUUCUAGGUGAGUCACUCGUCUGGAGAGUCUACGCUUCUAGUCUCCCCGGGGCUCCCUUGUGCUUCCCAGCAACAUUACUCUUAUACGAGUUUUAUAUUUUUUAUGAUAUUAAGUUUCUGU